AUGUGCAGUCUAAACUACAAAAGUUAUCAACAGGUGCUCAAUCUCGGGUGCGAUAAGAAGAGCAAAGCAGCCAAGCAGAGAGUGGCCAAACCAACAGUUCAAAAGAGAAGAACGAAAACAGGGUGUAUGACAUGUCGUCGCAGAAAGAAGAAGUGUGACGAGCACAAGGUCGGAGGGAAAUGCCAGGCAUGUAUACGGAACUUUUUGGACUGCCAUUGGCCUGGUGAGGAAGCAGAGGUUACAGAGAACAAGGCGGUUCCCGUGCCAUCAUCUCCCGAGCUUCUCACUAGAUUUAAGGCUGAGAGCCCCGUUAAUAACGGCGCCGACGCUUACCCGUCUCCUGUGAUGUCGCCAAAGGCAGAAUCCGUGGAGCACUCGUACAACUGUAUGGACAUCAAGAGCUUGACUUUGCCUCCAAUACUGGAGAAGGUGGUGAAGUCGGAAAAGGUAGCGCAGGAGAAAAGUUCAAAGCCAGAAACGAAGAAGAAGAAUAUUCAGGGCGAGAAGUUUUUCAUUGCAUCGUUCGACUCGGGCAAGUCGCUUUGUCAGAUCAAAGCAUGA